GAAGGAGUGAGAAGAAAGUUAAUGCUUUAUGCCUUGAUUCGUAUUCUUUAGUUUUCAUCCAUUGAUUCUUGUUUCUCUCUAAUUUUUUUGUUCUGCUUAGUAUUUUUGCAGGUAAAACCGCAGAUAUGGCCAAAUCUUCUUCUCGUUCUCGCAAGAAGAAUCGCUCUAAUGCCAAGGCUUCAUCUGAGGCUCGAACAAGGAAGAAAACAAAGACCAGGAGCAAGAAGUAUGAAUCCAAGAAGCUUCGCAGUCGUCAUGUUUCUGAUGAUGAUGAUUCAAGUAAUUCAAUGUCAGGUUCAUCUUACUCUUCUAGUUCCGAAGAAAUAAAACUUAGAAGCAAGAGGUCUGGGAUUCACACUAAAAAGGAUAAGAAGAAGGCUAAGAGACGAUCUUACAGUAGUGAAAGUAGUGAGGAUUCUUCCCGUGUGAGGAAGAGAAAAGAGUCAAAAAGAAAACGUGAUUAUGAGGCUAAGAAUAAGAGUUAUUUGAAGAAGAAACGCAGGAGGAAUGAUAGCCCUAGUUCUCCCAGUAACAGGUCUGGGAGCUGCUCAACUUGUAAGGGUGGUCGUAUUAGCAGUCAUGAAGUUGACUUUAAGAGGCACAGCAGUAAGCGUGCAAGAGAGGAAAGAAAUUUGGAGAAGGCUGAAAUCCCCCUCAAAAGGAGUAGAUAUGGGUCAAGAAGUCCUUCAUACAGUCAAUGUAGUGAAAGUAGUACCUACCAGAGUAAGGAGAGAGUUUUGGUGGAGAACAACUCAAGGCGGUUGAGAUCGGUUAUUACUAUAGUAGAAAGGCCUGAUGAAGUUGAAGAGUUAAAUAAGGAUGAACAUAAAGAAGAGAUGGUAUUUGAUUACGAUGAUUACCCUUCUUGUAGAAGCAACGAUAGUAAUGAUGUGGGGAACAAGAGGAUAGAGAAUGAGAAAGGUGAGGAAACUGCCGUCUCACAUCUCAGAUUCCCCAAACUUUUGAACACUGGCAAGGUUUCUGACGGGGAUGAUGAGGAUCAAUUUGAUGGAAGUAAUCCUAGCUCUAAGGAAAAUGGGAUAAGUCAUCCUGCAAUUGAAAAACCAACAACUGAGGUAUUUGGUGCUAUUAGAAGUGAGAAAAGUGAUGACCUAGAGUUAGUUUUAAGACUAAAGGCUUUGGAAAAUCUACGAAGAUUUCGUGGAGGAAAAGCUGCUGCUGUCGAUCAGAAGGAUAAAAAUAAUGGUGAUGAGAAGGCACCACAAUUGUCUACCACAAAGGCAGAAUCUGUUCAAAUUAGGUUCACUAAGCAAGAUGAUACCAGAGUGUUUGGUGGGAAUUUCCCCAAAGAGGCUUGUGCUGAAGAGUCAGUGAAAGGGGAGGGGAUUCCUGCAGUAAAGAGUGGGUCCACAUGUUCUUCUCAGACCGAAGAAAACAUAAUAUCCAAGGGCCCUGACGGCAAUGAAUUUGCAUCUGCAAAGCAUAAUAUUGCUCGUUCAACAGAUCAAAUGGCUAUUGCUGAUAAUUUAAAACAAAAGGCCAGUGCAGGCACUUCUGCUGUCAAAUCAAAGUUGGCAACACCAGCAUUGAAGCGUCAAUUGUCAAAAACUUAUUCAACGCUAAAGCAGGUUCCCAAAUGUGAGGAAACUCGGGAAAAGUUGUUGGUUGAUGUGAAAAAUUUAGAUGAGACUGCUGUUAUAACUGCCCCAACUGUGACCAAAAGUAGCAAUGCUGAUAGAGAAGACAUCAAUAAUGCCAGUAGCUCAGCUGCUUUGGAACUUUCCCUUAAAUCCUCGCCAGGAGAUACAAAAUCUGAUACACUGCAAGAGGAGGCUAAGGAAGGGUCACAGUUUGAACAGAAGACAAUGUCUGUUAUGCGGGGUGGAGAAAUGGUACAGGUGAGCUACAAAGUCUACAUCCCUAAGAAAGCUCCUGCUUUGGCGAGGAGGCAACUCAAGCGGUGACAUUCUCUCAAUGAUUCUGUUGAACUACAUUGGUGAAAGUAAAAAAAAUGCAUAAGAAAAUAAAGAAUAAUAAAAAAAAAAAGAUACCGCCACCAUGAGAUUUUUUUGUAACAUAGGGGGAAAGUAAAUUUUGAAAUGCUUUCAACAUGCAUUUCAUUCUGGUAUUUGAAACCUCAAGGAUGGAAGAAAGACGUGAACUAUAUCUUGGGUGUAUUUGUGGUUGAUUAUGAAAUAGUGACUUGGUCUUAUAGUUGGAAAAA